GCGGGGAGACUGUGCAUGGACGGAGCAGCUCGGGGUGUCCGCCUAAGGAGCGGCUCCGCCCGGGGCUCUGCGAUGCGGGGAUUCGGAGUUUGAUGAAAAGUCCGGAGAACGCGAACGGCCCGGGGGGGAAGGAGGGCGGGGAGCCAGGCCUGGCCAAGUCCUCGGGCCCCCACAGGCUCAUCCCGCAGCUGAUUGUCACCCAGGACGAGUCGCUGCUGCUGGGCCCCAACUCCGGAGCCGAGCGGGCGGCUGAUGAUCCGCCGGACGAGGAGUGCCGGUCUUCGGACAGCGGCUGCGGCGGCUCACCGGCUCCCUCGCUGCUGCUCCGUAAACUCUCGGGCUCAUCGUUAUCCUCCGCCGGACACUCGUCUUCCUUCGAGGAAUCCGAGGAUGAUUUCAGUCCCUCCAGCGACGCCGAGACUCAACAGCAGCGACUAGGCCUGGGCCUGGAGGACGGCCUGGGGAAUAAGUCGUGGAAAAAGCUGAAGACUAUGGUGCACUGGUCCCCAUUUGUUGUCUCCUUCAAGAAGCGCUAUCCGUGGGUACAGUUAGCAGGACAUGCAGGUAAUUUUAAAGCUGGAGAUUAUGGUAAGAUCCUGAAGAAGUACUGUGAAUGCGAGCAUCAGUGUUUGGAAUCCUUGAUGAAGGAUUCUUUACUGCGCCCCUAUGUGCCAGGAUAUUAUGGAGUGGUGGACAAAGAUGGAGACAGCUAUAACCAGAUGGAUGACCUGUUAUCAGAGUUUGAUUCGCCCUCAAUCAUGGAUUGUAAGAUGGGUGUGCGGACAUACCUUGAGGAAGAGUUAACCAAAGCUCGUGAGAAGCCCAAACUGCGGAAAGACAUGUACGAGAAGAUGAUCGCAGUGGAUCCAAAUGCCCCCACGCAGGAGGAGCAUGAGCAGAAAGCUGUCCUGAAGCCACGUUACAUGCAGUGGCGGGAGACACUCAGUUCAACUGCAACACUUGGAUUCAGGAUAGAAGGCAUCAGGAAGGCUGAUGGCUCCUGCAGCACAAGCUUCAAGAAAACCAGACUCAAAGAGGAGGUCAUGGAAGCACUGAAAGAUUUUGUGGACAGCAACCGAAACAUCCUGAGAAACUAUUUGACACGGUUGAAGGAAUUGAGGGCAGCUCUGGAGGGCUCUGAGUUCUUCAACACACAUGAGGUGGUUGGAAGUUCUCUCCUGUUCGUCCAUGACAAGUCCGAGCUGGCGAAGGUUUGGAUGAUUGACUUUGGGAAGACAGUGCUAUUACCUGACCAUGGGACACUGAACCACAGGGUUCCCUGGGUGGAGGGCAAUCGAGAGGAUGGCUACUUGUGGGGGAUGGACAACCUCAUCAACAUUAUCAGCCAAAUGAUAGAGGAGUGACUCAUUCUAGCAGCCUGCGGGCCUUCCAUUCUCAGCCGGCCAAGUCUGCCGCUUUCAGGAUGACAUACAGCCCCCCCCUACGUGGGGAGUGAAGUGGGUUGGACUAUUCUUUGGAAACUUCUUUCCCUCCUUCACCAAUUUGUCGUGGUUACAGAGGAGGGAAGCAACACUCAGUUGGGAUGUUGGUCAUGGGUUGGGGGUGGGGGGAGGUUUGAUGAUAUGGGAUACAAAUGGCUUAACAAAGAUAAGCUGAGGCCACACGAGUAAUUUCUGGGAUUUGAUGUGCUGCAUCUAAGAUGUGACGUUGACCUUUCUGAGUACUUUGCCUGCCCCCUGAUGUUGAUGGUGAAAGUAAGAAGGAAGGAGUUUCAACUUUGAACUAUGGACGUUCCCCCCAUGUGGGUCAAUGCAGAGCAGACACUGAAAUGCUCAGCUCAUGAACACUUUUUUUCAAGAUGGAACUUGAGCAGAAACAUUGGAGAGGGCAGAGAUAUUUCCUGGAUCUGUUCAAUCUUUUUAAAGCUGAUGAACUGAACAGCUGUGAAACCCACUAGCCUUUCACUGGCACUGAGACCUGUGGCUUUUGUAUGGAUUGGAAAUGCUUUUCCAUUAUUCCUCGAUUUGUCAUUUUUGGAACUUGUAUGAUAUGCUGUGACUCAAGAGAAAUUCCCUGUAGGGACACCCUACUGCACUGUGCACUGAUGAUAAACUCGAGAGCUUCCCACCACUUCCCUCUGGUGCAGUGGUCAAGCUAGGUAGAAGCCAGGUGGGUUCAGGUGAUGGUGAAAAUGCUCACUGAUAACAUUAUCACAGUCUAAACCUUGUGAAAGAACAAUUGUAAGAAAAGUCUCUCAAUCUGAAUUUGAUUUGAAGCAGGGGCAGGGCUUGUUUAGCUGAGUAGGAAGUAAAUAGUCUGAAGUACAGAAUUCUUCAGACUAUUUACCCAUUCGUAACACCCAGUCUCUCAGUUUCUUUCUGUUCCUAAGGCUAGUUUUACUGCUUUUUUUUUCCAUUCCUCAUUGGUUUCUUUUUGGAGUUUGAUUUGGGCUGAUACUCUGUUGAAACUUGGCCAGUAAAUCAAUCCACUUGUCCUGGGAGUAAACUGGAAGUACCUUUUUUGUUUUUAUAAACACACAAAGACCAGUGGUACCUUUUAUCCAUUACUGCACCUCUGUCCAGCACUGUUGAAGUGGGACCAGUUCUUGCAUUCUCUCCAUGUGGUGUCAUUGUGCAGGAAAUGGCUGCCUGACUGUAGAUCAAGUACAGGGGCUAGGCCAUGUUGAGCAACAGACAAAACGUGGAGUUACCAGCCCAGUCACUCGCUGUCCUUUUGGGGUUUCUUGUAGUCUUGUUUUUUUGAAGUUAAUCCAUUCUUGGUCCUGCAAGGCUUGUCAUAGCAGCGUAGCUCAGACACCAAUGGGUUAUAGCCAUCGUACCUAAAGCAACACUCAGCUGUUACAGUUUUUAAAAAAUAUUUUAAUGUACAGACAUUUUUCUGAAGCGGAUAUAUAGGGGAAGCAGGGGUUUGAUUGUUGCCUUUACUCGAGUGUGGACCAGCUGCAAGUGAUCUCUCUACCCAUCUGAUAACUGGCUCAAAAAGAUCCUUUCUAGACCAACAGAUUUAGAGUUACCUGCAAGAAAUGCAAAGCCUAUAUUUCUCACUAUAAUCCCAGUGGCAGCACUGAAUUAUCAGAACAAAAUUGAGUUGAGUCGUUGUAAAUAUUUCUGACCCCUCACCUUUUUUACAGGGGUCUUUGCCUUAUGUAUAAGAAUUUGUUGUACUAUACGGGACUGUGUACACUGAAUCUUAAUUGCAAUGUGUCUUAAAUGAUUUUUUUUCCUCUGUUAUCUACUUUUUUACAUUUAUGAGUGAGGGUUUUAUCUCCACUAUCAGGCUCCGAUCUGGUGGUGAGGCUGUGAAAUGAGUUAUUAACCAGCAGAGAAGCUAUGCUGGGGUGAACCAUUUUUAAUUCAAAAUCCAAAGUUGUUUUUAAAAAGUUUUAUUGGAAUGUGAGCAGUUCUGGCAAGGCCAGUGUUGCUAAUCCAUAAUUGCCCUUGACUAGGUGGAAGUGUAUUCUUGUAUGACCAUCAAAUCAUCUUACUGUUUGAAACAAACACCUUGUCACGUGUGUCCCCUGUGACGUGUGUAAUGGAGAGUGUUGGGAAGCGGUUUGCACAAAAGCAGCUCCGCUUUCUCCUGUUGGUGAUAUUUGAGAUUCUGACACAAUGUGAUCAGAGUAGAGUUCUCCCUAUUCUCUAUCUUGCCAUAGACAGCAGGAAGGAACUUUGUUCAUUAAUAAGACAAAAAGACUUUUUGUAGUAAUAAUUUAGAAACCUUGUUUUCAGGGAGGCAGAAGCCUGGCAUUCUACUUGACCUUCAAAGGGUUAAUUUAGUCUGUUACACUGUUAGCUUUCCUUCAAGUUCCCACCAUUUUGUCCAAGGGAUGUUUAGAUUGAAAAGUUUCAUUGAUUCUACCAGCAUGAGUUGAAGGUUAGAGACUUUUUACUGCUGUUCAGAGAGAGAAUGCCUUUGUACAGCACCUAGCUGAUAGUGUACUGCAUCUAAAUGGGUCAGAAGUGGUAAAGGAGGUUCACCUUGGUUACAGCACUGUCAAAACAGCAUGGCCCAAUGGUCUGAGCACUUAGCCGUUGCUGUUUCUUAAAUGCUGCAGGGAGAGCAAAUACUGCCUUCAGAACAUUUCCACCAGUUGAUCAGUAGAUUUUGACAGUACUAGACUCUGAGUGUCCUCCCCAUAAAACAUUGGGAUACCAAUUAACCAAACUUAUCUCAAUACCCAGGCCAGCUGUCUGUGCCUGACUGUCCUGCUGUCUCUCGGAUUUAAUCAUAACUCCCCACAAAUAUAGAGCCCUACCCUUUGUAAGUAAGGUUGAGGUCUUACCUACCAGGUCCAAAUACAUUCAAGCACACAUUGUUUACAAAGCUAUCCAUAAAAAAGUGUUAAGCUCCCAUCUUUAUACUGUUGUGUAUAUGAACAAUUGCUGGAAAAUACUGGAGUAUGCAUGUUUUUUUAAUUUAUAUUGCAUUAAAAUUGUACUGCUGGGUGAAUUUGCAUACAAUGUUAACUAACCGAUUUUUUGUCAUAAUAAAGUUGACCCUCAGUGAGGAUUUCUACAUAUUUA